GUCUCAGUUUAACGUCAAUGGGAAUGCAUUUGUCACCUUUGGUGCUAACCUUCAAGGAUUAAAUGAGCAAUGAAUCAUAAAUGCAGCACAAAUAGUCACUUAAAAGGCUGUUGAAUCAUGAAAGCACCCCCCCACACACAUAAAAAGACCCCAAAUGGCCUCAAAUGUUGCACAGAAACACCUGAAAAUCAUAUUUAGUGAGUGUUUAUGAACAAUAUAACCCUGAAGUCGUCUCUACCGGUUAAGCAGGAGGGGUGUGUGUGUGUGUGUGUGUGUGUUUUAACAAUCACUUCUCAGUUAACACCAACCUCCUCGACAGCACACGUCACACAAUAGGCUUCAACCCUGCUAUAAAAAUGUGGGAUGGGAGCAUGCAGCAGUCUUCCCCCCUCUAUUCUCAUCCCUCCCUCCCUCCCUCUCUUUCUCUUCCACUUGCUCCUUCCCUCUCGCUCAUAAGGAUUUCUCAGCGAGCAUGAGAAGACGCAGCUGAGUGGACAUUUAAACCCCCCCCCCCCGGACUCUGAUGACCUGCCAACGCUGCGACUGAGACCUCCGUUUACCUUUUUUCUGCGAACACAACACAGCUCUACUCUACGGCACCAUGACCAGGAAGGUGUUCACCAACACGAGGGAGCGCUGGCGCCAGCACAACGUCAACACCGCCUUCGCGGAGCUGCGCAAGCUCAUCCCCACCCAUCCACCGGAGAAGAAGCUGAGCAAGAACGAGAUCCUGCGCCUGGCCAUGCGCUACAUCAACUUCCUGGUGCAGCUGCUGGAGAGCCAGAGCGGCCAGCCGGCCAGCCACUCCCCCACCGCGCUGCUCACCUUCCUCAAAGGGAACAUGGAGCAGCUGCAGUCCCCACCACACACCUGGGCCCUGAACAGUGACACCGAAGCGCCGUCACCGGGGUCGAGCUGCGACAGCGCCGAGGCCUGGUAGAAAACACAGCUCGGGAAAUUUACUUGAGUGGACUUUUCCCCGAGUCUUAAAAAACUGAUCUCGGUCCUUUCUCAAGAUUCCUUUUUGUCCCUGCAUUUGUCACCUUCAGAGCAGAAGAUGCAAUAUUGUGUGAUUUCUUUUUGUGGACUCCAAAUGUGGCCGCCUCCCUCGCUGAUCAGUGUUUAAAUAUGAUUUGCAGGUGAAAAUUUAAUUUGUAUUCUGCAUGGAUGUGUUAAAACCUGGAUGUACAAUAUUCCCCUUCAUGUCUUCAUGUUAAUAUUCCUUGUUGCCGUCCUGCCUGGAACUAAUUUACUUUUGCAAUAAGAGGAUGUUUUGCCAAUGAGGAAAAUGGAGGGGAUUAAGGAAUUUCUCAUUUAAAGCAAUAGAUUCUGCGAGGCAUUUGAAAAGAUAAUGGCUCCGCCAAUUCUCCAGACUGCAAUCAUCUCAAAAAGCCAAGGGCACUUUUUUUAUUUAAAUCGACAUGCUGUUUUUUUUUUCUUCUUGAGGAGACAAAAAUCUGACCUUUCUUUUCAAUUAUCAAGGUUACGUGACUUCUGAAGAAUCAUUUCCAAGAAAGACUAUUUCCUGUUUCACGGCUCAGUGUUUGUAAAAAAAAUAUACGCAUGUAACAUGGCCAAAGAUUAUGAAUUGAUUGUCUACUGUGAAGAGUGUGCAAAUUGUCGAUACCUCUUUUGUAAGUUAUUUUCGGUUUUAUUGUGAAUAUACAGUAUGUUAUUUAUUUGAACUAUUUAUUUAAAUGAAUGAUUUGUUAAUAAAAAAAAAACUCCUGAA